GAGGUUAUAAGUAUGUAUUUGCUGCUUGUGUGCGACCGGAUAAGUAAGCAGGCGCGCGAAGAUUUAACGUAUAUGUGUGUGUAUGCGCCUUGGAAGACGUUAAGCGACGUCAGUUGAGAAGUGAUACUUCAACUGCUUACUUAGUGUAAUACAUAGUGGCACAAUGGUAGACAGUAAGGAGAGCGGCAUGCGGUGUUUGGUGGUGGUGUUAGCGAAUGAGUGUACGGGUAUUUUCUCAUUCAGCCACUCAGUUCGACGACGUCACACAUUGGUGGUGGUGUUUGUGUGCGCUGUACGUGCGGGCGCACUCUCUGCGAUAAGCUCGAUCGUUGCUGCGCGCCGUCGCUUGCUCUGCUGAGGCUAUAAAAGUCAGAGCACGGCGUUGUGCCUUAGCAUUCAUUGCAAUAACGUUGUGCCAAGCAGACACGCGUAACAUUUGGAAAGCAAGUAAAAUAUAAAAUUUGGAUUACAAGCGCGUAGAAAAUAAAAUAUAAAAGCAAAACAGAAAACUUGGAUUAAACAAUAUACUAGUUUCUAAAAGUUGAUCUCACAAGCAAUGGUACUCGAGAUGGAGAUGUCCAAAACCUAUCAAUACCGCAAAGUGAUGAAACCAAUGUUGGAGCGCAAGCGACGCGCGCGCAUCAACAAGUGUUUGGAUGAGCUGAAGGACAUAAUGGUCGAAUGCUUGACACAAGAGGGUGAACACAUAACGCGCCUCGAGAAGGCCGAUAUACUGGAAUUAACCGUGGAGCAUAUGAAGAAAUUGCGCGCACAAAAGCAAUUGCGUUUGGGCAGUGGUACUGGCGCAGGCGCUGUACAAGAUGCCAAACUGACAAUAGCGGAAAGCUUCCGCGCCGGUUAUGUGCAUGCCGCAAAUGAGGUAUCAAAAACAUUAGCGGCGCUGCCUGGUGUCAAUGUGGAUUUGGGUACACAGCUAAUGAGCCAAUUGGGACAUCGCUUGAACUACUUGCAAGUGGUUGUGCCUAGUGUGCCAUUGACUGGUGUACCAGCAGCUCAACAUUUCAUACCCACACCAGUAGCGGAAGCGACAGCAAUAGCCGCGCAAUACUACAGCAUGAGUGGCAGUGAGCGUAGCGCGACCAGCAGUCCUGUGGUCAUCACACCACCACCAUCCGAGUGUGGCAGCAGUGAAAGUGGUAGCUGCAGCCCGGCGCCUAGUGACACAUAUGGCACCGUUUGGCGGCCUUGGUGAAUAACGGGCGCACAAGAAAGCAAACACAGUGAUUCUACUCAAGCGAUGUGGAUCUCUUGUGGGUAUUGAAUUUAAUGAACGCGUUUAGCUUUUUUGCUAGCAGCGCGACAUGGCGAUUGGGUGAACUCGCCACUACGCAGUCGACUCUGCAUUGGACUGCAGCUGAAUGGACUAGGCGCUGCGGGGCGUUCCUACACGCAUAGGUGGAUGUCUACAAGUCAAGUGGGAAUACUUGACAGCAGAUCGGCGUUCUCAUUGUCAUUACUAAGCGCAAGACAGCGUAAAAUUUUAAACCUCGCUUUUUAAUACAAUAAAACAAUUGUAAUCACAGGGAAAAAAAGAAUUUACUUAGUAUUAAGAAAUAAAAAAAUAAAAAUAAAUAUAAAAGUUACAUAAAAAUA